AUGACUUGGAAGGAAGCGUUCCCUAGUGGUGAUUUUGCUGUCAAUAUGAGAGAGCUACUCCAGGUGGAAUGUGCACUUCGAGAGAAUGCGCAACGCGAAGUAGCCCUCCGACAGAAGAUGGAGAAGCUUAUAGAGAAACAGAUUACCAACGAACAAACCGAGCAUACCCAGGGCAUGGCUCCAUGGGGUUCUCUAGGGGCAGUCUGGGGGUGGAUCGUAGGAUUCACUUCCUGUAGUCGUGCAGAUGACAUUCGAGCUUUACAAGCAAAGAUCUCAGAGCUCAAUCGAAGCUCUUGGAUUCUGGAACGGCACUGGCGGACUAUCAGAGCUAUGUUUCUCGACGAGUUGCUCUCUAGAGGGUUCGAGCUCUGGCACUCUCACCCAAAAUGGUAUAUGCACCGUACUCUUCGUGAAAAAUGCGUCAUAAGAGGAGGAUGCUGCGCAAGAAGCUGUGGAUGCUGUUCUGAUCGUCAUAAUACACCCGAACGAAUGUUGGCUGCCGGGCAUUGCACUCUGGAAUGUCUCUGUUGUGAGGAAGCCAGAGGCUUUCAACUCAACCGAGAGCAAUGGGAGGCAAGCCUGCCUCCCUUCUCACGCACUAAGGAUAAACCGUCUCAUCUGUACUUGGACCGAGUUAUAGCCGUGAGUUUCGUGGGGAUUGUCUUUGGGAACUAUGAUAAUCCGUUUGAUCUAAUUGAAGACUCGCCGCCUAGCUAUGCGUCUUCUCUACAACAUCCUAAGAAUGGGGCAUGCUGGAUGAGAAAAGGAAGGAAUGGACAAUGA